AUGGUGGCACUGGGCAUUGAACUUCUGGCGCUGCUGCUGCUCUCCUGUGCCGUACCGGGAAGGACCUCCUGGUUGAAAACCAUCGAUGUCGCUGGCUUCCAGCGGACUCUGGUGCAGAAGAUGACGAAGGAGUUGCUCCUUGUCGCGUUGGACAUUGACCCCGAUGACAACAAGCGAAAGAUCCACGAGGGCAUAGCGAUGUUCGAUCAGACUCUUCACGACAUGAUCGAGGGGAGUGACGCGGGUGACAUUGUUGCAUCGCCUAGCCAACUGAUCACCGACAAGCUCGAGGAGGUGGACGACAUAUGGCACGUCUUUGAGCACGUUGUGCUCUCCAACAUCGACACCAUCAGCAACAUGAACGGGACUGCGCUCGAGGAGCUGUUGCAGGUGAUUGCUGAGCAAAGUAACGAGCUCCUCAGCGCGUGUGGAGUGGUGGUUGGAGCACUCAGUGAUGUUGCAACCUUGUUGGGCUUUGCAACAAUGGGUUUGCAGCAGGACAUUGCCGGGCGACAGCGUUCCUAUGUCCAGAUGAUGUGCAAGGAGGCCCUGUUCGUCAGUCUCGGCAUCAACGUGGCAGAGCACGUGGAGAUUCUGAAGCACACGAAGCUGCUGUUCGAGGCAUCGCACGAAGGGAUCAUCGUUGGUGAUUCCUACGUCGGCAUCCCUGUGCUUUCAAGUUUGUGCACACUCCAUCAAAUGCGCGAAGUCACGUAUAGCUACCACAACUUCCGGCCGUAUGUGAUGGACAUUCUCAAUGCGAAUUCCAAUGCCGCGGGUCAGGCCGUGGCAAAGAGAGUCGUGCGGGACAUGAUGAACACAUCAGAAACUCUGUUCUCUUCCAUGGUCGAUGCCGUGCAGCUGUUUGUGAACGGGUCCGAAGAUUGUGACCCACGCGCCAAGAUGGUGGAGAGUGACUGGCUCAGAUAUCUGGAAAACUUGGGGCGGCUCCGGUUGCUCAUCCAGCAGGUGUCCAUGUUCUUUGCGCAGGUGGCCUCAGAUGUGGAGCCUGCUGCGGGUAAGGUGGAGCUCACUGUGCUCAUGGCUCAAGCCAGCCAAAUGCUGCGCAACCUCAUCGAAGGGAGCAAGGCCGAAAGCAUCCCCGCCCCACCGACGCAGGAGAUCGUUCUCCAACUGCAACACGCUUGGGAGGACCGCAGCACUCAGGAACUGGUGGAAGAUUUGGAGCGGUUGUUGGAGGCGGAGACGGCACGAGCAGGUAGCAGCACGCAGACGGCAGCGUAG